AUGUUAAAAGAAGUAAAACUAACAAAAUCAUAUCAAGAAGCGGAUCUGAAUGAAAUCAAGAAAAUAAGGGAGACCAGCCAACAAGUUAUCUGGUUCAAGGAUAGGCUUGAAGAAGAAACAAACCGCGCAAAAGCUUUUGAAAGAUCGGUUAAUAAUCUGAGUAGGAACCUGCAACAGAAAAUGGAGGACAUCCAUAUAUUUGAAAGAAGGGUCAAAUCACUGCAUGAAGAAAACAAAGAAGAGAUUGAAUCCCAGGAGAGCUUUUACAAGGAUCAAAUCAAGAUUCUGGAAGCAAGAGUGAAAGAGCUUGAUGAAAAGAUGAAGGAAUUAGGUCCUGCCAUGGCCAACCUGCACACUCCAUAUCAGUACAACAGCAACCUCAGUAUUGAAGAGGAUUCAAAUUUGAAGAAUGGAAAGCUCCCAAGCAACUCCAAUGAAGAUUGA